AAGAAAAGAUGGGCAAAGAAACUUUUAGCAAGUGCAAUGUGCUCUACAGAGACCUUUAUCUUGAACCACUGCCCUCCUACCACUCAUCCCCACCCCCCUCCUUGCAAGGUCCGCGCUAUCGGCCCCGCGAUGCCUUAUAUCUACUCCGCUGAUCAUAUCUGCUCAAUAUCAGACCAUAAAGCGCAGUUGCACUAUACAGCAGGUGCAGGUCCCACCUCAGUCAGGUCCAAGCUUUUCAAGAUGGCAGCAACUCAAGAAGAUGGCAUUAUCAGAGAUUCCCACAAGUACAAGAUGAAUCAUGGACAGCGAGGAAAAGCUUUAAUUUUUGUUCACUCAGAUUUUGAACCUUGUUUAGGACUGGAGAGGCGAAAAGGUUGUAAAACUGACACAGAAAGGCUAAAUGAAUGCUUUUCAAGUUUGGGCUUCAAAGUAAAGAAGUAUUUCAAUUUGAACGUCAAUGUUAUUGAAAAUGUAUUGAAUGAAGUGAGUCAAGAAGAUCAUUUGAACUGUGACUGCCUGGCAGUUAUUGUCCUAACUCAUGGAGAGGAGGGAAGGUUGUAUGCUCAGAAUGAUAGUUAUCCCCAAGAACUACUGUGGUCGCCUUUCACUGCAGAUAGAUGUCCAACACUCUCCGGAAAACCCAAAUUAUUUUUUAUUCAAGCUUGUCGUGGACAUCGCUAUGAUAAUGGAGUUCAAUUGCCUGUAGUGAAAGACAGAGUCUUUCGAGAAGCGAAUGAUAGUGAUGACCUGGGCGAUGAGCCAAGUCUGUUUGAAGUGGAAACUGAUUUUUUGGUUGCAUUUGCAACAGUUUAUGGUUAUGUUUCAUGGAAGAAAGGUGGAAAGGUAUCUUGGUUCAUAGAAAAACUAUGUGAAGAACUGAGUGAGGAGAGAUCGGAGCAUCUCCUAACUAUACUCACCUAUGUCCAACUUCGAGUUGCAGUUGAAUGUUAUUCAAGAACUAAGUGCGAGAAGUCAAAUGAUAAAAAGCAAAUUCCCUGUGUCACUCACAGACUACAGAAACUGUUAUAUUUUUAAAAUAGCAAUAAUAUUUUACUGUAAACAUGUCCUUCCUGACUUUUUGAAUAAAAAUGAAUGUAACUGUA